CCAACCCAAGCUCGAGGUAAGGAAGAGACCUCUGCUCUCAUCUCAAUUGUCCUCUACGUGGCCGUACAUUUGUAACUAGACCACUACCUGAUCCUUCGAGCUAACAAUAACCCGUUGCAAUCCGAAUUCACAGUUGCCACCGCCCACAUAAUCACAACCAUCUCACCUACACCCUCUUGACAUUCAAAGCCAUGCUCCGCCUCUCCAUCGCCAGAGCCGCUCAAGCUAGCAGACUUCCUGCUUACAGAUCCUUCUCCGUUGCUGCUGCCAGAAUGGGCGAAGGUGAUACCGGUGCUGUCCGCCCAGGCGGCGUCCAAUCUGGUGACGCCUGGACCAAGAAGGAAUCCGCACAGGAGAAUAUGUUCAUCAGGCAACAGGAGAUUGAAAAGCUCCGUGCCCUCAAGGAGAAGUUGAAGCAGCAGCGCAAGCACCUUGACGAGCUUGAUGCCCACAUUGACGAGCUCACCAAGCAGCAAGGCGGUGAACAUCACUAAGAUAGACCAUGCUCCAUUUUUAGCGAUGAGCCUCGAAAUCGAGUUGGUAUAAAACCUUGGUGGCUACUUUUCAUGCAUCUCCACUCUUAGCCAUUGAUGAAUAUUUGGUAUAAAGCGUAACGCUAAGAAGAGACAAAGAAAAAUUAGUUGCUUGGAUUUUCCAGGGCGAUGUGUAUAUAGCCUAUGUGCAUCUUGUCUAAAUACAGCCAGAAGAGAUAUAAAUCUAGCAUCCUGUUUAGUAGCGGGUUUAUGAUGGCCUUUGGGCGAAGGUAUACUC